AAUUUGAAGUGAAAAACAGAAUAGAGGAGUGUGUGUGUGUGCGUCUCUGUUUUGGAGCUUUCGUUAUCACUCACAACUACAACACAACCUUAUUAGUGUUACCAUUUCUUGCCUUAAUCACCACAUUAAAUUCUAUUUCUUUAUUUAUUUAUUUAUUUAUUAUUAUUAUUAUUAUUAUUAUUAUUAUUAUUAUUAUAGUUUUCUUCACCACCCGAAACUGCUUAAACCAUAAUUUCCUUUCUUCAUCUGCUCAGACCAUUCUCUUUACCCAAAAUGGGGUUGUUGGGUAGUUUCUUGGGGAUUUUUGGUUUCGCUAUUGGAAUUCCUUUUGGUCUUGUUGUUGGCUUCUUUCUCUUUGUUUAUUCAGAAUCAAAGCAAGUCAAGGACCCUGUUGUUAGACCUAUUAGUGAAUUAGGCCCAAUUGCUUUGCAAGAACUUUUACCUGAGAUUCCUCUUUGGGUCAAGACACCUGAUUAUGAAAGAGUUGAUUGGUUGAACAAGUUUUUAUUUGAUAUGUGGCCUUUCUUAGAAAAGGCAAUUUGUGGGAUAAUUAGAACUACAACACAACCAAUUUUUGCUGAAUACAUCGGAAAGUAUCAGAUCAAAGCAAUUGAGUUUGAUGAAUUGAGUCUUGGUACUCUUCCUCCUACUGUCUGUGGCAUGAAAGUUUUGGAAACAAAUGAAAAGGAAUUGGUCAUGGAGCAAGUUAUCAAAUGGGCUGGCAAUCCGAAAAUAGUGUUGACCUUGCAUGUGUUGUCUUUGAAGAUCAAAGUUCAGUUGGUAGACUUACAAAUAUUUGCGACACCGCGGAUAACUUUAAGACCCUUAGUGCCUACACUUCCAUGUUUUGCAAAGAUUGUGGUAUCUUUGAUGGAGAAGCCCCAUGUAGAUUUUGGGAUAGCGAUAUCAGGAGGGGACGUCAUGUCAAUACCUGGUCUUUAUAGAUUUGUUCAGGUGCGGCCUUCUUUUUUUCUGGUGGUAUUUGAUAUACAUUGUUAAACUGUAUGCCAAUUU